AUGCCGCGGUCAUCUAUCGCUGCGUGGCCGGGCAUCGAACAAUGCGUUCGCCCGUGCGAUAAUUACCAAGAUCGUGUCAAGCUACCGCUGCCAGUCGAAGUCGUGCAGCGCCACUUUGACCACCUCACGCACAAAGUCGACCUCAGCAGCCAACCGUUCAACCCUCCGCAAAACAACUCGCACAGCCACGUCAACGACGCCAAGAGCGCGCGCGUCUUCUUCGUUCACAUGGAUGUCUGCACUAUCUCGCCAGAACUUAACGCAAUGAUGACGAGUAUGCCUCCCGACAACCAUGGUCUCUUCUACUCCAACGAGGAAAUUUCCCGACCAGCCUCUUAG